AUGUCAUCAUCACCAAAAGCAUCAGAUGCCGCUACUGCUGCCGCAAAGUCAGAAAAACCGGAAUUCCAGUCUUACUUGAAUAACGACGGGAUUGACCAAUUGGAACCUGCAGAAAGAAAGCACAAAGUAUCAUCUUUAUCAUUAACUGAUUUGAAUAGUUGGCAAAAUGGGUUGACGAAGUUAUCUUCGUCAACCUCUUUGAACAAAUCAUCUUCGCAAAACUUAAAGAAGGUGGAUUCGUUAGCCAAAUUGUCUAGAAACUCAUCUAUUAUCAAAAGAAAGAAGAAGAUUGUUGUCGAUCAUGCAAGAGUUGCAUCGUACGCCUUCUGUUUUGAUAUUGAUGGUGUGAUAUUGAGAGGUCCAGAUACUAUUCCAGAAGCUGUAGAAGCCAUGAAGUUGUUGAACGGUCACAACAAAUACAAUAUCACUGUUCCCUCGAUUUUUGUGACAAACGGUGGUGGUAAGCCAGAGCAUGUCAGAUCAGAAGACUUAUCCAAGAAGUUGAACUGUACCAUAACUCCAGAACAAAUCAUUCAAGGACACACUCCUAUGAAAGAUUUAGUUGGUGUUUAUGAAAACGUGUUAGUUGUUGGUGGUUUAGGAAAUGUUUGUCGUAACGUGGCAGAAUCAUAUGGCUUCAAAAAUGUUUACACCCCAUUCGAUGUGUUAAAGUGGAAUCCGGCUGUUUCACCUUACCAUGACUUAACUGAUGAGGAAUUGAAGUGCUGUAGAGAUGUUGACUUUUCCAAGGUUAAGAUUGAUGCCAUUAUGGUGUUCGCUGACUCAAGAAAUUGGGCUGCGGAUCAACAGAUCAUUUUGGAAUUAUUAUUGUCUAAGGAUGGUAUAAUGGGCACACAGUCUAAGACUUUUGAUGAAGGUCCUCAAAUCUACUUUGCUCACUCUGAUUUCAUUUGGGCUACCAAUUACAAAUUAUCUAGAUAUGGUAUGGGUGCUUUACAAGUUUCAAUUGCUGCUUUAUAUAAGGAACAUACCGGUAAAGAAUUAAAGGUGAACAGAUUCGGUAAACCACAAAAGGGUACCUUCAAAUUUGCUAACAAGGUCUUGAGUAACUGGAGGCAAGGUGUUUUGGAUGAGCACUUGAAAAAAUUGUCGAUCAACGAUCCAAAUGCAGAUGAGGCAGAUAUCUUGAUCAAUGAUGAAGGUGAAGAGAUUAUUAAUCAAGCGAAGUUAGAAUCGUUCCAAGGUCUUGAAGAUUCCGAUGAUGAGGAGGACCCUUACAAAGAACCUUUAGCAGUUGUUGGCAAUCAAGAUAAAAUUACUUUAGAGUUACCACCAGCAUCAACAGUGUAUUUUGUUGGUGAUACCCCAGAAUCAGAUAUCAGAUUUGCCAACUCACACGAUGUUUCGUGGUUUUCUAUUUUAGUUAAAACUGGUGUUUACCAAGAAGGUACCGUUCCAAAGUACAAGCCAAAGCAUUUAUGUGAAAAUGUUCUUGAAGCUGUUCAAUUUGCUAUUGAAAGAGAGCAUGAAUUAGAAUUGAAAGAAUGGAAUGAGACCGCAGAUAAUGAAGAUGAUAAGGGCUCUAGAAUCAACUUUGCCGAUUUGAUGAUGACACCUAGCGAAAAGGAAGAAAAGUCCAAGGCAAAGACCGUUGAAGAUCAUGAAGCUGUUGAAGUCCCAGUUGUCUUAAAUGAGCAAAUUGAAAAGAUUAAAGAUGUUCAAGUCUAG